AUGGCCGCAAGUCUCGAAGCAGCGUUGGCUCAAGGAGUCAAGGAUGGCAAGAUCCCUCACGCCAUUGUCUGUGCUACGAACAAGGACGGCAACUUCGAAUACCAUCACGCCACCGGCUUCCAGAAUUAUGGCGUCAACGAUGAGCCCAUUCAAGAAGACGCCGUGCUCAUGCUCGCCUCGCAAACCAAGCUCCUCACCUCGAUAGCUGCCCUCAAGGUCGUCGAGCAAAGUCUCAUCGGUCUCGACGAAGACGUCUGUCCGCACCUGCCUGAAUUGGCCGCCCACAAAAUCAUCCAAGGCUUUGACGAGGAUGACAAGCCCAAGCUGGUCGAACGCAAAGGUCCAAUCACCAUCAGACACCUUUUGACCCACACCUCCGGCACGACCUACGUUUUUCCUGGAACCGACGCCAUGAAGUACGAUGUUCAACGCGGCCGCAAACACCCCGAUGUGAGCCUGGCGCCCACCAUUGCCGAGCGCUGCGACACCACCUUGAUUUUUGAGCCAGGCACCAGCUGGAUGUACUCGCCCGGUCCGGACUGGGUCGGUCUCCUCAUCCAACGCUUGUCAAAGCUGUCCCUGGAUGAGUACAUGCAGCAGCAUCUCUUCAAGCCGCUCGGCAUCACUGGAAUCACAUUCUGGCCGGCACAGCGGGAGGACCUGAAGGACAAAAUCGCCGGCCUAGUCGUCCGUACGCCGGAAGGCAAAUUGGUCCCCAACACUGAUCCGACGAUCAACACCGGCACCACGGACUGCUUCGGCGGACACGGAGCGUACGCCAAGAUGGGAGACUACCUGAAAGUCAUGCGGUCUUUGCUAGCGAACGAUGGCAAACUACUCACGCCCGCAUCGGUGGACAUGCUGUUCGAACCGCAGCUCGGAGAUGAUUCGAAGGCGGCGGCGAACGGGUUCAUCAAGGCGUUCAAUGCAGGUUUGCCUGGCGAGUUUGAAGACGAUGUGCCGGUCGACCAUGGCUUGGGUGGGUUGCUGUUCAUGAAGGAUGGUGACGGCAGGAGGAAGAAGGGCACCUUGGGCUGGGGAGGGUAUUUCAAUCCUUUCUGGAUCAUUGACCGUGAAGCCAACAUAGCCUUCACAAUGGGCUUGCAAGCCGUACCUCCGGGUGAUCCGGGCUGCAAGGAGAUGACUGGCGUGGCGGAGAGGGCGAUCUACAAGAUGGCGGGCAUCUACUAG